AUGAGGCUAUCUCAAAACCAGACCAGGCACGACCAAGCCCAGAAAAAGGUUCAAGUUCGCCAACAGGUGUGCUCCAGCCAGGGGCGCAAGUGUUCGCUCGAAAUUACGGGCGAGGACAAAAAUGGAUUCCUGGAGUGCGAAGCGCAGGUCGACCAGGAACUCCAAAGCAUCCUGGAAUAUGAGCAGCAGCUCGAAGCGGCCAUCACUCGCACGAGACGAGUCCUUCGAACGGCAGUACAGCUCACAUCGCCGGUUGCGCCGUCCGCCGCGCUAGGCGAUUCCAUUCACAAAGGAUCAAUUAGCCGUUCUGUUUCCUUGCCGAAGCUGCAGAUUCCAAAGUUUGGAUGGAAGUUGCAAGACAGAGCCAGGUUCUGGGAGCACUUUCAGGCAACGAUCCACAACAACGGUGCGCUAGCUCCAGUCGAGAAGUAUAUCCUCUGUUACGUUACCGAAGAGGCCAGGCGCGCCAUUGAUGGGAUCAGCCUUAGUGGAACUAAUUACCAGAAAGCUGUUGAAGCCCUGAGGCAGCGGUUCGGAGGGACCGAGCUCCUUGCAGUCGAGCACAUCGCUAAGCUGUUGUCACUCCGCGCAGUGCAAGGUUCCGGGGACGCGACGCACGCUACGUCAAUUAUUCGACGAAGUCUUGCGCCAUACGAGGGUCUUGGAAUCAUUAGCAAUUCCGCAAUCUAG